UACUUCUUACCAUAUUUUGCUUUGGAAACAACGGAGUUGCGUCUUUUUCUUUUCUUCUGCAUAUAUUCAUCAGAUUCUCUCUUUUCUUUUUACUUUUUAUUCAAUAGGAUUAUUAGACCAUUUGAAUAAAAAAAUGGCGACUCCGAUUCGAUCGUUCGAGCUGAACACUGGUGCCAAGUUACCUUCGGUAGGUCUCGGAACCUACGCCUUGGUCCCAUCAACAAUCGAACAAGCUAUCAAGGUUGGGUACAGGCACAUAGAUUGUGCUUCGAUCUACGGCAACGAGAAAGAGAUUGGUAGCGUGUUGAAGAAGUUAAUAGAUAACGGUUCCGUGAAGCGUGAUGAGUUAUUCAUCACUUCCAAACUCUGGUGUAAUGAUCAUUUGCCUGAAGAUGUACCUAAGGCACUAGACAAAACUUUGCAGGAUUUACAGAUUGACUACGUUGAUUUAUAUCUGGUACAUUGGCCAGUGAGCUUGAAGAAGGAAUCACCUAUGCCAACACCUGAAACACUCACAAAGCCUGACUUGCCAAGUACAUGGAAAGCAAUGGAAGCUCUCUAUAACUCUGGAAAAGCUAGGGCAAUCGGUGUUAGCAAUUUCUCUUCAAAGAAGCUCCAAGAUCUUCUUAACGUGGCUCAAGUAGUCCCCGCUGUUAACCAAGUGGAAUGUCACCCAGUGUGGCAGCAACAAAGUCUUCAUGAACUAUGCAAAUCCAAAGGAGUUCACUUAUCCGGUUACUCUCCUUUGGGCUCCCAAAGAGAAGCAAGGCUAAAGGUUCUUCAGAAUCAAAUUGUUACCGAGGUUGCGGAGAAGCUUGGGAGGACCACCGCUCAAGUGGCUCUUCGUUGGGGACUCCAAAUGGGUCAUAGUGUUAUACCAAAGAGUUCAAGCGAGGCUCGACUCCAGGAGAAUCUUGAUGUUUUUGACUGGUCCAUACCUGAAGAUCUGUUUGUCAAAUUCUCUAACAUUCCCCAGGAGAAGUUAGUACGAGGUGUUGAAUUUGCGCAUGAGACGCUCGGCUUCUAUAAGACCAUUGAUGAGCUAUGGGACGGUGAAAUUUAAGGAAAUUCAUCAAGGCGCAAGAGACCAUCUAAUUAUAUUAUGUUUAAAUAAUCCUUCAUGUUUGUUCUUGGUUAGAAACACUUUGCACAUUGAUGUGUAGUGUUCUCUAUUUCUACUUUCAUUUUCAAUACUCCUUUUAUGCUUAAGUUGGUGUGUAGUAUGUUUUGGGGUUAUUCUUUGCAAAAGAUGAAACAAAUAAUAUUAUUCUCCAAUCUAUUCUAUUAAAAAGGGAAUGAGAAGAUCGAUGAUUAUGAA